AAAAAAAAUCCGUUAUGUGCGGCCAUUUUGAAUGGUAGUAAUGGUGGGGAACUUGAAAAAUAUUUCUCUACUGCCUCGAGGACCACAGAUAACUGUACAUCAAUUAGUCCCAAAUAUACGAUCGAGCAAGUAACACGUUACACAGCCAUGGCCUCUAAGAUGACCUUAACAUUGCCAACUGGGCAAGUUAUGCCAGCUUUGGGAUUUGGAACUUGGCAAGCGACAGAUGCUGAGCUAGAGGCUGCACUAAAUACAGCUUUGGAAGCAGGCUAUAGGCACAUAGAUACAGCACCAGUAUAUGAAAAUGAACAUGUAAUUGGUAAGGUACUUCACAAGUGGCUUAGCUCUGGAAAACUGAAGAGGGAAGAACUGUUUGUUGUAUCCAAGGUUCCCCCUGUCGGAAAUCGACCUUCAGGAGUAGAGAAAUGGAUUAAAAGAUCUCUGAAAGAUUUGCAAUUGGACUACUUGGAUCUUUACUUGAUACACACACCGUUUAGUCUGGAGGAAGUAAACGAAGAUUUACAUCCAGUAGACAAGAAUGGCGAAAUUAAACUUGACAAAAGCACAGAUCAUUUGAAAAUAUGGUUAGAAAUGGAGAAACAAGUUGAGGCUGGUCGCGCAAAAGCAAUCGGUCUUUCAAAUUUCAAUAUAAAGCAGAUAACGAAAGUAAUGUCAGCAUCAAAAUUACCAAUCUCUAACUUGCAGAUAGAACUGCAUGUUUACUUCCAACAAAAAGAAUUGGUUGAUUUCUGCAAAAAAAAUGGAAUCACAGUGACGGCAUAUUCCCCGCUGGGAUCGAGAGGAUUGGUCAAACUAAUGGGCAAGGUAGAUUCUCUGCCCGAUCUGUUAUCGAACCCGGUAGUUGUAAAAAUAGGGGAACGAAGAACAAAGACACCGGCUCAGAUUUUGCUUAGAUACACACUUCAGAGAGGAAUAGCUGCUAUUCCAAAGAGUACCAACCCAGACAGGCUCAGAAAAAAUAUUGAUUUAUUUGAUUGGGAACUUGCGCCUGAAGAUAUGAACGAACUAAACGCAUUGGAUCAGGGAGCAUCGGCCCGGGUUUGCGACUUCGGGUUUUUUAAGGGUAUUGAAAAACACCCAGAGUUUCCAUUUUAAACAUGUAAAGCUCAUUUAAGGGCUAUAACACAUCUAUGCACUUUAAAUUGUAGGUUUAUUCACGUAUGAAUAUUGAAUUCACUGUGAUGGUAAAGGAUAUUGAAAUAAAACACUAAAUUUGUCAAAA